AUGCUCCAAGAGCCGUACGUCCGUGAACCUCCGCUAGGUGAUGGAAGAUUCCGGAAAGGCUUCGACGGGAAGAGCACUAAGUCGACAGCGAAAGGGCCCAGACCUCAGGACCGACUACCCACCGCAGUCGGAAGCAGACGCUCAGUAUCCCCGGCCGCAUCGGCCGCAGCGUACCUGCACCGACAGUGUGAAGGUCUUGCUGCCGCAAAUGUCUGCAAGCAGAUGGACACCAUUGGGAGGGGCCGCGCCGUCAUGCAUUCCCGGAAGCUGCACGACGGGGAAGCCGGUCUCGCCGGUGUUCAAUUCUGGAGCAACAUCUCGAGCAUUAGGGUAACUGGACCGGAACGUUCCCGGACCCCGGUCGUGAUCCCACGUUGUGAGCACGACGUAGGCGAGAGCUUGCUGCACCCCUUGCAUCACCAGCUCUGCGUGGUGAUGGAGACCUGCCGCCACCGACAUAGGCAUUCGUCGUCAUCCGGCACGGAGAGGCGACUUUCUGACUCGAAGGCUGCUAGAGUGUCGAAAGGUGCCGAGAACGGUGAUGUGCCUUCGGUAGUGAUUGGCGAUGAGAUCGUGUGGCUUGCUCGGGAGGGUGUGGCUGUCUGA